UACUUUGCUUCGCUGCUCAGCCUCAUGUGCUUUAGAAACCUUUGGCCGGCUAGCUAUCACAAGAACUUCAUACAAGGGUUUUGACACUUACCAAUUACUAGCAGAGUCUUCAGUUUUAACCAGCGUGUCUAUGUCAACAAACAGAGACAGUAUAAGAGUGUUUUUGCUGUCGGAAAAUGCACGGCAGCUAGUGUUAGCUCGUUAGCUUAGCUUUGUGCGAAAGGAAUGGCAGAUAAAGUAGGAAAAUCGUUUAAGUUUGUGGUCGUGGGAGGUGGUAUCGCGGGUGUGACAUGUGUUGAGCAGCUGUCAUCCCAGAUUCCGUCAGCUGAGGUGGCUUUGAUCACAGCAGGUGCACAGAUCAAGGCAGUGACCAACUAUAAACAGGUGUCAAGGACGCUGGAAGAGUUUGAUGUAGAGGAGCGACCAUCCAGUGUUUUGGAGGAUAAAUUUCCCAACCUGACUGUCAUCCACUCUGCUGUUAAAUCACUUCACACACAGUCACAUUCUGUGGAAACUGCAGAUGGACAGUUCUUUGGUUAUGAGAAGUUGUGUAUCUGCAGCGGGGGCAGACCUAAGCUCCUAACCCAGGAAAACCCUUACGUGCUGGGGAUACGGGACACAGACAGUGCCCAGGAGUUUCAGAAGCGGUUAUCCAAAGCAAAGAGAAUCGUUGUUGUUGGAAAUGGUGGAAUUGCCUUGGAAUUAGUGUAUGAGGUGGAAGGCUGUGAGGUGAUCUGGGCUGUGAAGGACAAGGCCAUAGGAAAUACAUUUUUUGAUGCAGGAGCAGCCCAGUUCCUCAUCCCAUCACUAGAAACUGAAAAACCAGAGAGAGCUGCUCCCUGUAAGAGGCCUCGAUACACCACAGAGGAACCAGCAGCAGGAGCAUCACAGACCUUCACUGCAGAGAGAAAUUCGCAACAUAGUUCUGGUCCUACAGAUCCUGGUAGUGCCCUCGGUCCAGACUGGCAUGAAGGAAUAGUUCUCAGAGGAGCAGAACAGGUGUCCCGCAGAGUUUCAGUGGAAUACCAGUGUGAGGUGGAAAAGAUCUUCACCGCUGAGGAGCUGCUCAAUUCCCAACAGGAAAAACUCAGAUCAGAGAAUGCAGGAUCCUGGCCAGUUUACAUCCAGCUGACCAAUGGCAAGACAUUUGGCUGUGAUUUUGUUGUCAGUGCCACUGGUGUCGUGCCUAACAUUGAGCCAUUUCUCCAUGGCAACAGUUUUGCACUAGCAGAUGAUGGUGGCCUGCAGGUAGAUGACCACAUGAUGACAUCAGAGUCAGAUGUCUACGCUGCAGGAGAUGUGUGCACUGCAUGCUGGGACCAUAGCCCGUUGUGGCAGCAGAUGCGUCUGUGGACCCAGGCCCGUCAGAUGGGCUGGUACGCAGGCCGCUGCAUGGCAGCACACAUCCUUUCAGAACCAAUAGAACUGGACUUCUGCUUCGAGCUCUUCUCACAUAUUACCAAAUUCUUCAACUAUAAGGUGGUCCUGCUGGGAAAGUUUAAUGGGCAGGGGCUGGGGCCUGACCACGAGCUGCUGGUGCGCUGCACCAAAGGCCAGGAGUACGUCAAGGUCGUCCUCAGCGGAGGUAGGAUGGUGGGAGCGGUGCUGAUCGGGGAAACAGACCUGGAGGAGACCUUUGAGAACCUGAUGCUCAACCAGAUGGAUCUGACGCCGUACGGAGAGGAGCUGCUCAACCCCGACAUUGAUAUCGAGGACUACUUUGACUGAGACUUUGGAGAAUGUUGAGCACUGCAGACUCAAAAAUCAUGCAAGGUAGAAGGCAUUUGUGGAAAAAAAAAUGGCUGAUGAAUUCUAAAGGCACGGGGAGGAGUUCUGCAUUCUAUCAUGUCUAAGCUAAUGGGUGUGUUAGAUUUUUUUUGGCAAUGAGAAGAAGAUAAAGGACAGAUUAUCUUACUUACCUCUUACUAAUGCACCUCUAAAUUUAAAAAAUAUAUUUUUGCUUUAAAUUAAAUUAUUUUCAAAACCAAGUAUACUAAAGUAGUACUUGAAUGGUAUGUUUAGAAAUGGCUUCUCUUCAUUUAGUUGUAGCAUGAAUGCAAAUCUACCACUUCAUAAGUUUAGAUGAGAAGCGGUUACAGACAUGAGAGACUGACAGAGUUGUGGGUCUGAAGAAGAAGUGGGAUGUGUUCAGCCAUACUUGCUGGUAAAAAAGGAAAAUCCUUUUGUUGCUAUGUUGGAUUUGUGACUCUCGAUCAAAUUUCAACUUACACAGCAACUACGGCUCCUCCUGUGCCUCAGAAGGCUUUAUAACAAUAGAUAAUAUCAAGCUCGCAUAAUGCUGGCUAUUGUUCCCAUGUUCCCAUGAUGUUGCUAUUUGAAAAUCCACGUUCGUGAGGACAAGAAACAUUAGAAGUGGAAAGAAUUAGCAAUGCAAAGGAGAAUUUAAAUGACUAACAGAAGUCAACCCAUUUCUACUUGUGUGUUUGUGUUUUCUGGGUCAGUGGCACAUGGAGGAAACUGCAGGAAACUGCCCACAUUGAUUUACCUGGUAAAGGUUGAUAUGGCAACCUUGUGUUGUUACUCACAGAGCACUAUGCAAAACGAGUAAAAACAACAAUGCGUGUGUAAAGCAACAAUAACAGUGCAAUAAUCCUCCCAGCACUGAGGGGCAAAUGGGGACAGUUCAUUGGUCUCGAGAAGAGACUAAUGAGAAAUAAAGGCAGUAAAGGUGAAUUAAAAAGCACUCC